CGCAGUCCCGCGCCUCACGCCACUGGUCCCGUGCAGCGAGUUGCGCCCGAGCGCCACCGGCCACCGGGCGCCGGCCCCUACGCGCGCGCACAUGGAGGAGGACGCGACGCCCCCGGGCAAGCCCCGCGCCCGCCCCGCGGUGGCCGUGCUGUGCCGCGGCCCAGUGGAGCCGCUCGUCUUCCUGGGUAACUUUGCCUUGGUCCUGCAGGGCCCCCUCACCACGCAGUACCUGUGGCACCGCUUCAGCGCCGACCUCGGCUACAACGGCACCCGCGACAGGGAGAGCUGCAGCAACCACAGCGUGAACCCCACCAUGCAGGAAGUGGAGACCCUCACCUCCCACUGGACCCUCUACAUGAACGUGGGCGGCUUCCUGGUGGGGCUCUUCACGUCCACCCUGCUGGGAGCCUGGAGCGACCGUGUGGGCCGCCGCCCGCUGCUGGUGCUGGCCUCGCUCGGCCUGCUGGUCCAGGCCCUGGUGUCCACCUUUGUGGUGCAGCUGGAGCUCCACGUUGGCUACUUCGUGCUGGGCCGCAUCCUUUGUGCCCUCCUCGGUGACUUCAAUGGCCUCCUGGCUGCUAGCUUUGCGUCCGUGGCAGACGUCAGCUCCAGCCACAGCCGCACUUUCCGAAUGGCUCUGCUGGAAGCCUGCAUCGGUGUGGCCGGGACGCUGGCCAGCCUCCUCGGGGGCCACUGGCUCCGGGCCCAGGGUUACGCCAACCCCUUCUGGCUGGCCUUGGCCUUGCUGAUAGUCAUGACUCUCUAUGCAGCUUUCUGCUUUGGGGAGACUGUGAAGGAGCCAAAGUCCACCCGGCUCUUCACACUCCGUCACCACCGAGCCAUUGUCCAGCUCUAUGUGGCUCCAGCCCCAGAGAAGUCCAGGAAGCAUUUAGCCUUGUACUCACUGGCCAUCUUUGUGGUGGUCACUGUGCACUUUGGGGCCCAGGACAUCCUGACCAUCUAUGAGAUGAGUUCACCACUCUGCUGGGACUCCAAGCUAAUCGGCUACGGUUCUGCAGCUCAGCACCUCCCCUACCUCACCAGCCUGCUGGGGCUGCGGCUGCUGCAGUACUGCCUGGCCGAUGCCUGGGUGGCCGAGAUCGGCCUGGCCUUCAACAUCCUGGGGAUGGUGGUCUUUGCGUUUGCUACCAUCACACCCCUCAUGUUCACAGGGUAUGGGUUGCUCUUCCUGUCUUUAGUCAUCACGCCCAUCAUCCGGGCCAAACUGUCCAAGCUGGUGAGCAAGUCAGAGCUGGGGGCUCUCUUUUCUGCGGUGGCCUGUGUGAAUAGCUUGGGCAUGCUGGUGGCCUCCGGCAUCUUCAACUCACUCUACCCAGCUACUCUGAACUUCAUGAAGGGGUUCCCCUUCCUCCUGGGAGCUGGCCUCCUCUUCAUCCCAGCCAUUCUUAUUGGGACGCUAGAAAAGAUUGACCCUCACCUAGAAUUCCAGCAGUUUCCCGAGAGCCCCUGAUCUGGCUAGACCAGAGGACAGAGGGCAAGAAGAGCAGAGUGAACACGAGCCAGAAUUCUGUGUCUGGGAGCCCAACCAACGGCACCACCCGCAGUUCUCGAAGGGCAGUGCUCACCUUGGUCAGGGUGGUCAAGCUAGACCAAGGCACUGCCUUGUCCACAGCUGAGCCAGCUCUGACUGUGAUCUAGAAUCAUAACCCAGACAGGCCUACUCCAGGGCAGGCGGUGGGGAGCCACUUGGGAUGGAGCCUGUUCACCCUUUAUUCCAUCCAUCACUUAGAACCCUCCAGGGCAGAGGAGAGGAGGGUGACACUUUAGGGACCAGGGAAAGCAUGAGGGCUGGCAUCUCUGCUUCCAGCCCCAGUACUAGGUCCCUCACGGGUGCAGCAGGCAGCAGGCACUCCUUACCAUGCCUGUGGUGCUGGUUAGUGCCAGCCUUGGGGGGAGGGAGGGCCGAGAGAGGGCUUGGUGCCCUCGGGGGAGAGUGCUGCUGUCACUGUGGUUGGCGAAUCAAUCCUUGGCUCUGGUCUGUCCACCCCCAGCCUGAAGAGUGCCAGUUGUCAUAAUAAAUCAGUUUAAUAAGACUGAAA